ACUGCUUUGGCCAUUCUUUAAUGUGCUAUGGAGGAAGAUGAGUUUCCGGGUGAUGUUUGGAUCACAUCAUCUCGUGAUUUGGCAAAAAUCUGUGAUUUAAUCCCUGCCAAUAGAGGAAGACAGACAUUGGUUACAACAUUAUUACAAGCUUAUGAAUUGGAUAAACGAUGUAAAGGUAUAAUUAAAGUUCCUAAAAUUACUAGAUCAGAGCUAGAGAAGUUUCAUAGCAAGAAUUACUUGGACAUUCUCUUGAAAAAUCGAGAAAGUAUUGACCAAUUGCUGCCAGAUUACACUCUUAUCAAGCAAAUUUUGAUGAAUAGAGUUUUUAAGGAUGCUCCUGAAGGUAGAAAAUACCAUCUCGGUUCGGCACCAUUUGAUCCACUUAAGUUUGGUGAAGAGCUCAUUGAGAAACACCAGAGGGAUGAUGUGCCAGAACCUGAAUCUGAAUCCGAUCUGGAAAUUGAAUCGGAAGAAUCAGACAUAGAUUCCGAGUCAGUCGGGCCUUGUUCUGUUGUAGAUGAUGUCGUAAGUGAUAUGAAAGUUGAAGAGUCAAAUGAUGUGCUAGAUAUGUUUGGCUUAAGGUUCGAUUGUUCGGUAUUUCCAUUCAUGUCGGACUACGCUAAGCUAGUGGCAUCAUCAAGUAUACAUACUGCAAAAAAGGUUGUUGAAUUGGAAAAUGAACAAAACAGAACAAUUGCUAUCAAUUGGAAUGGGGGGAGACACCAUGCUUCAAAACUGAAAGCUGCUGGGUUUUGUUAUGUGAAUGAUAUUGUCAUUGCAAUAAAUGUAUUGAGGUUGAAGUACAAAAAGAUCUUUUAUUUGGAUUUAGACUUGCAUCAUGGAGACGGAGUGGAGGCUGCCUUUGAGUUUUCCCAAAAUGUAACUACGUGCUCCAUUCAUAUGUACGAUAUUGGGUUCUAUCCAGGUACGGGAAGUCUAGAGAGUUCAGGAAAACAUAAAAUUAACAUUCCAACAAGAAAGGGAUUAAGUGAUUCAAGUAUGUUACGGAUAGUGAGAGAUAUUGUAAUACCACAUAUGCAUAAAGUUGGCACAGAUGUUAUUGUAAUGCAAGCCGGAGUAGAUGGUUUAGCAACCGAUGAUCAUAAGGAAUGGAAUAUGACUAUUAAAGGUUAUAGCGCUGUAUUAAAGUUAAUUUUUAAUGAAUUAUCCAAUGUGCCAAUUAUGAUAGUAGGAGGCGGGGGUUAUAAUCAUACGGAGACGUCAAAAUGUUGGGCAUACUUGACGAAAACCGCCUUAGGUAUUUCAGACGAAAAAGAACCUUGGGAUAUGCUACCAGAACAUGAGCAACUAGAUUUUUACCAGGAGGACGGAUUCAAAUUUUGGACGCAAUACAACUUAGAAGCCAAAUCACGUAAAGAUGAAAACGAUAUUGAAUAUAUUAAUCAUAUUGAAAAUUACAUAUCAAACUUAUAGAUUUAUAGAUUAAUUUAGUUAACGACUUCUUGAUAGUAAGUGAAUUUACUUCCCAAUUUAGCAUCCCAAUUCUGAUCCCAUCUUUUUUUGCUUUCCUC